AUGGAACUGCUUAAUGAUAUACUUCGUGUACUUGUUACACAAAAAAAAAUUGAAAUAACCGUCAAGGAACUAUGUCAUACUUUGAACUGUACCGAAGAAGCUCUACAAAAACAAUUAUCGACACAAAAAUUAUUAAAAUUAUGUCUGAAUAAAGGUGGCAUCUACACCAUUAAAUUUCAACCAGAAAAUCUCUGUUUGUGUGAAGGAUUUUUGAAUGGUGAUUGUUACAAUAAAUCGUGUCCUCAUCUACAUGUUUGUCGAUUUGGUCAAAAUUGUAAAAGUUUAAAACCGUCCCAAAGCGAAGAUUCAGAACGAUUUAUAUGUAAAUUUCCACAUAAAUUAAGUGAUAGAGUAAAUAAUACGUUCAUAUUAAAAGAUAAUAAAUGUUUGGAAAUUGAUCAAGUUGCCUUACUCGAUUUACUAAGACUUCAUCGAGAAUAUGAUUCAAAGAGAGUUAAUUUAGGUGAAAAAUCUUCAUCUCUUGUUAAUAUAGACAAGCAAUCAUUAAAUAAUUAUCCACUGCAUCCUAAAACAACAGGGAAAACAAAUGGUUUACAAAUAAAAGAUAGUAAAACUAGUACAAUGUCAAGUUUAAGAGAAACGUCAGAAGAAAAUAUCAGGAGACAAAACGAUACAAUUUGUAAAUCUUCUGAUACUACUACUCUUCCUAAAAUUCCAGAUGGUCAAACAUCAACGAAUUCUAAUAAAACUAGACAAAUAGACGUUAUUAUUCCAUCGGAAAAAUUUGCUCCAAAUAUGGACUUUGAAAUGGUUGAAUUGAUAUUAGACAAUAAAUGUAAGGGUAACGGUUCUGUCAAACAAAUUGUAAAUGAAACGGCAGACGAAAAUUAUCGACGUUAUACAAUAGAAUUUGAUAAUAGGCAAAGUGUUGAUCAAUUACUGACUCAUCCUGUUAUAACCUAUGCUAAUGUUGAGUUGAAAAUAAAGCGUACAUUACGACAAAUUGAUAAACAAAGUUUUACAUUAAAAAUAUUAACUGAUACUAAACUUGAUCCGUCGAGAGUUGAGUUGUACGUUGAAGCUUUAGUUGGAAAACCGACAAUCGUGACAGAUAUGACAAAUUCAUCGAAUAAUGAAAAUUUCAAUGAACAAAUAUUAUUAAUUAAAUGUGAACAACAAAUUGAUUUUGAAAAAGUACAUAAAGUAUAUUCAUUAAAAAAUAAAUUACAAAAUAAAGUUAUAAGAAUAGGUGAAGUUUAUGAAGCGGAUACCAUUGAAGUUGGAUUUGUGAACGAACAGCAGAUAACAUUGGAUUUAUUAAAAUUAGUUUUUGGAUCGUUGUGGUCAGAUGUAUUCUGUUUUACAAUUACGAAUAACGGAAUAAAUGUAGAUAUUGAAUUAAUAAAUUUCGAUUGUUUAAACAAAUGGUUACUGGAAUCACAUAAAUUUGAAAAAGAGUUUGAAUUAUUUAUGCGUCCAAUUAUUGAUCUUGUCGAUGAGCAAUGUGAUAAAACUGAUGAUCAAAAACAAGAAUCACAACAACAACAACAACAAUUAUCACCGUUGUUAUCCCAAUCACAACGAAAACAGAGUGAAAAAAAUUACAAUAACGAUGAAAAGAGUGAACAAGAAAAACAGGAAAGGAAAACAGGAAAGGAAGUAAACAUUUAUCUUAAACAAGAGUGGGCUGUUGUAGCUGCACAUCCCGUAUUUCAAACUGAAUUAAUACAAUAUAUAAAAGCUCAGCUGAAUUGUGAUAUUGAAGUACAUGAUAAUAUUGUUACAACAAAUAAUUUACAUUUUUAUAGUAAUACGCGAUUUCAAACACCGGAGAGUAUAUUAGUAAAUAGAAUAAAUAAUUUUAUGCAAUAUUUUCAAUCGAGAGAGUGUAAAUUAAAAAAUAGUGAAUUAAAUAUAUUAAAAGAACAUUCUCAAGUAUUGUCAUAUAAAAAGAUGAAAGAUAAUAUUUAUUUUGUAAUUGGUAGAAAUAAUCUUAUUAAUAAAUUAUUUCCAACACAAAAUCGGUUAUCAUCGAUACAACAAUCAACAUCUGUUGAUUCGUUAUCGUCUAUAAAAAUAAAAGAAACAAAUGAACAACGAUCUUCUAUUCAAGAGCAAACUGAUUCUCAACAAUCACCAUUUAUUGACAAAGAUAAACCGUUACAUUCAAUGGAAAAAAUUCAUUAUCCAAUUGAAAAUAGUUCACAUUUACAAUUUUUUAGUCUUCAAAAAUUUGAAGAACGUUUAAAAUAUUAUUUACAAUGUACAUUUAAGGUAAAUAUGACAGUUAUUCGUGAUACAAAAAUCGUACUCGAAAUUACCGGAAGAAAUAAUGAUAUUUGUUCAGCACGAGACGCUAUUGGAAAUUUAUUUUUAUCUCUUCAAAUAAAAAUAUUUGAUGAUAAAACAGCUGGUAAUUGGACAAUAAAGAUUCCUGAUUCAAUUUAUGUCAUUCAAGAAUAUUUGAACAAAAAUGACAUUAUCUGUAUAUGCCAACAUUCGACAAAAAAGGGUAUCACAGUUAGUUAUUUUUCAAAUAGUCCGCAAUUUGGUUUGGAUCCAACACAAAUUGAUGAUAUUCUUAAUAUCUUUCUCUCAUUAUCCUCUCAAAUAUCAUCAUCAUCGACAAAAUUGUUAAAAAAGUGGCAAGAAUAUGAAAAAAUAAUACAUGAUCGUCCAGAUUAUAAUAAAAAUAUUUGUUUUGCAUCUGAACCACAUGCCAUUCAUCUAUUUGGUUUACCAGAUAUUGUCAAAGAAGUGCAUUCAACUUUUGAAAAUCUAAAAAAAGAUCUUGAACCAAAAUUAUGUAAAACAACAUUAAAUCCAAAUCAAAUCAAUUAUUUAUUAAAAGUUUGCCAUGAUAAAUUGAAAGUAUUGGAGAAACAACAUAGCGAUGAUAGCGUCGAAAUUACUUCAAAAUUACAAAAUUCUGAAUUUAAAGCACCUAUUGAUUUACAUGAAAAAAUUAAAUUGUUUCUAUUAGAAAAUUCACAAAUUGAUAUAACACGAUUUGAUAUCAAAUGUCCUCAGUCUCUUUCUCAAACACAAAAACAGCGGUUCGACGAUGUAGCACAGAAAUUUCAUUGUCUACUAGAGAUGAAAAUUGAACAAACUCAAACUCAAUCUCAACAUACAAAUAGUUCAUCCACGUUAUCUUCAACAACAACAACAACAAAUGUGAACAUUCAUCAAGGAACAAUUCAUGUUCGUUCUGGUGAUUUAACAACACAAUCGGUUGACGCUGUUGUUGUGUGUUCAACGUCUGAUGUUUUACGUAAAGCCAUAAUUGAUGUUGCUGGUCGACAAGUUAAUGAUGAAUUCACAAAUCAGUCAUCUGUGAGUUCUAAAAUAAUUGAAACGUCAUCUGGUUCCUUACCAUGUAAGAGAAUUCUAUUCAUUCCAUGGACACCUCACCAAAAAGAUCAAAAUAUGCUACAAAAAUCGAUUCGUACGUUUGUUUCCGAUGCGGUUGUACAUGCAUUGAACAUUGGUUGUACAAGUAUUGCAUUUCCAGCCAUUGGUUGUGGAAAGUUUGGUGUACCAGCUGACUUCAUUGCUGAUAUAAUGAUAGAUGAAGCUGAAAACUUAUUAAUGAAAUAUCCAUCUAAGUUUUCGAUAUCAUUUGUAUUGUUACCACAGCAACGACCAGUUUAUAAUGAAUUUUGCAAACAGUUGAAUGCUCUUAGAACAAAACGAACGAAUCCAGCUCAUCAACAACAUCCAAUGGACAGUUCACCGCAAAAUGUUUUGAAAAUUACCUUAAUAUCGUCAGCAUCAAAUACGAACAAUGUAAAAAAAUGUCGUCAAGAAUUACAACAGCUUAUUCAAUGA